GCCCAUCAACUGCCAGCUCCAUCCACCACAACUCCGCGCGCCGCGUCUCGUUCACCUCUCCGAUAGACCCAAGACAACGACCACGCCAUCGAGACCAAGGACCGCCUCGCCAUAUAAUUUGCGCGGUCAUCACGAGAGAUUCCCAAUCUCUCAUCCUCAGGCGGCAGAUCAAACCCGGCCUCUAACUGACGACCAACCCGCCCCGCCGACAACCACCCCCACCCACCCAUACAUCUUCGGUCCGCCAUAAAAGAACCACCUGCGCAACAUGAGUUUCGUCCCCGUCAACCCGCGGCCCUUCCUGCAGGACCUGGUCAACAAGGACGUGGUGGUGCGUCUGAAGUGGGGCGAGACCGAGUACAAGGGGAGACUGGUGAGCAUCGACAGCUACAUGAACAUCCAGCUGAGCAACACGGAGGAGUUCAUCGACCGCAAGUUCACGGGGGCGUUGGGGCAGGUGCUGAUACGGUGCAACAACGUGCUGUACGUGACGGCGGCGACCGACAAGGGCGGGGAAGGUGAUCGGGAUACGAAGAUGGAGGGCUGAAAGUGAGAAGUUAGUCUGGGGAGGGAUAUCGCGGCAACGUUGGAGGGAGGAG